UGAUUUAGUUCUUGUCACCCUGUUGUCCUCCUGUCAUAAAAAAAAGGCUGUCCUCACUCAGGCCACGCCCCCUCCAGCUCCGGCUGAAAAUCGGGAGAUUUUCGGGAGAAUAUUUGCCUCGGGAGGUUUUCGGGAGAGGCGCUGAAUUUCGGGAGUCUCCCGGAAAAUUCGGGAGGGUUGGCAACUCCGGUGGCUGCCGGCCGCACUGAGCUGCCAGACGCGGGGGGAAGCCGACAUGGCCGCGGACCUGGGAGAGCUGCUGGUCCCUUACAUGCCCACCGUCAGGGUGCCCAAGGCCGGGGACAGAGUCUUCAAGAGCGAGUGCGCCUUCUCCUUCGACUCCCCGGAAUCGGAGGGAGGUUUGUACGUGUGCAUGAACACCUUCCUGGGCUUUGGACGAGAACACGUGGAGAGACAUUACCGCAAAACGGGCCAGAGCGUUUACAUGCACCUCAAGCGGCACGUGAAAGAAAAAGCCAGCGGGGCCGCAGGGGGCGCCAUCCCCCGCCGACGCAACGGGAAAGUCUUUCUGGAGUUGGAGCUCAACCGGGAUUUUAACGGCGAGGAGUACGAGUGCGAGGACGAGGCCAAGCUGGUUAUUUUCCCAGACCACUUUGAGAUCCCUUUGCCCAAUAUUGAGGAGUUACCUGCUCUGGUGACCAUCGCCUGUGAUGCGGUGCUGAAUGCAGCCUCCGCCUACAAGAAGCAGGAGCCUGAGUCCUGGGAGGAAGACCUGCAGGUGUCCAGGCAUGCCAGGACCCUCACACAGCUGGACAAUGGAGUCCGCAUCCCGCCCAGCGGCUGGAAGUGUGACAAGUGUGAGAUGAGAGACAAUCUGUGGCUCAACCUGACGGACGGUGCCGUACUGUGCGGCAAGUGGUUCUUUGACGGCAGCGGCGGGAACGGCCACGCUCUGGACCACUACAAGGAGACCAAGUACCCGCUGGCCGUGAAACUGGACACCAUCACCCCGGAUGGAGCAGAUGUUUAUUCCUUCGAGGAGGAGGAGGCGGUGUUGGACCCGCACAUGUCGCAGCACUUGUCCCACUUUGGAAUAGACAUGCUCCACAUGCAGAAGAGAACAGAGAACGGCCAGCACACAGACAACAACACCCGGCCGAGGGUCAGCGAGUGGGAGGUGAUCCAGGAGUCGGGCAUGAAACUGAAGGUGGUGUACGGGUCAGGUUACACGGGCAUGAAGAACCUGGGCAACAGCUGCUACCUCAGCACCGUCAUGCAGGUCCUCUUCAGCAUCCCCCACUUCCAGAGGACGUAUGUCGGGAACCUUCAGAGGAUUUUUGACUAUUCACCCCUUGACCCCACGCAGGACUUUGCCACUCAAAUGGCCAAACUGGGUCACGGGCUCCUCUCAGGCCAGUACUCCAAGCCGCCUGUGAAAUGUGAGCUGAUUGAACAGGUGAUGAAAGAAGAAUACAAGCACCAACAGAAAGGCGUCUCACCUCGCAUGCUGAAGGCCUUGGCCAGCCGGGGACACCCAGAGUUUUCCUCGGACAGACAGCAAGACGCCCACGAGUUCCUCAUGCACAUCAUCAACUUGGUGGAGAGGAACAGUAGCAGCUCAGAGAAUCCCAGCGACGCCUUCCGCUUCCUGGUGGAGGAGCGAGUCCAGUGCUGCCAGACACGGCGGGUGCGAUACAGCCAGAGGGUGGACUACUGCAUCCAGCUGCCGGCACCCAUGGAGGCGGCAACAAAUGCAGAGGAGCUUCUGGCUUACGAGGUGAAGCGGAGAGAAGCCGAGGAGAAGAUGACAGCUCCUCCAGGGCCGGUCAGAGCUCGCAUCCCCUUCACUGCGUGUCUGCAGGCCCUCACCGAGCCCCACAACGUGCCCGACUUCUGGAGCUCGGCUCUGCAGGCCAAGUCAGCAGGAGUCAAGACGUCACGUUUCGCCUCCUUUCCAGAAUAUCUGAUCGUCCAAAUCAAAAAGUUCACAUUUGGAGUGGACUGGGUGCCGAAAAAACUGGAUUUGGCCAUCGAUGUUCCGGACUUCCUUGAUCUUAGUCGGCUGCGGGCCACAGGACUUCAGGCAGGUGAAGAGGAACUUCCAGACCUUAUGCCGCCCAUUGUGCUGCCCGAGGACACAACAGAUACCUCCAUGAGCUCCUUGGACUCUCCAGAGAUCGACGAGGUGGCCGUCAUGCAGCUGGCGGAGAUGGGCUUCCCGCUGGAGGCCUGCAGGAAGGCCGUCUACUACACGGGCAACAUGGGCCCGGAGAUGGCCUUCAACUGGAUCAUAGCCCACAUGGAGGAGCCCGACUUUGCAGAGCCUCUCCUUCUCCCCUCCAUGCUGGACCCCGCCCCCGACAGCCUCCUGGGCACCACCCGGCUGGACAACUCGCCCCCCGAGGAGAGCAUCGCCAUCCUCACUUCCAUGGGCUUCCCUCGCACUCAUGGCAUCCAGGCACUGCGAGCCACGAACAACAACCUGGAAAGAGCGCUGGACUGGAUCUUCACGCACCCCGUGGAGGAGGAGGAGGAGAGCGAUGCCCUUUCCAACAUGGCCGACACAGAGCCCAACGAGAACGCCUUCUCCAACGCCAACUCGCACAGCGACUCCACGUUGUCCCCAGGCGGCGACACGUCGGGGCCGCGGGUCAAAGACGGACCAGGACGUUAUGAGCUGUUUGCACUCAUCAGCCACAUGGGAGCGUCCACCAUGUCUGGACAUUAUGUUUGUCACAUUAAGAAGGAAGGAAGGUGGGUGAUCUACAACGACAACAAGGUGUGUUUAUCAGAAAGACCUCCAAAAGACUUGGGCUACAUCUACUUUUACCAUCGACUGUCCAGCAGUUAGACAUACAUCAUCUUCAUCUUCAUUUUCAUCUUCAUCUUCAUCAAUGAACUGCUGCCUUUUCACCUGCCUCCGUGGUAACCAUGGCGACACCUCCCUCAGUCAGCCUGCCGCGCCCACGAGGUCAGUGAGGAGCAACUCUGGUCACCAAGGGAAGGAAACGUCUUCUUCGUACGCUUUGCUUCAAAGUGUGUGUGUGUGUGUGUGUGUGUGUGUGUGUGUGUGUGUGUGUGUGUGUGUGUGUGUGUGUGUGUGUGUGUGUGUGUGUGUGUGUGUGUGUGUGUGUGUGAGUAAGAGUGAUGCCUUCAGGUGGCGUCUCAGGUACCUUUUUGUGCAGGUGUGUCUAACAGCACAACACUGCCAACACAUUUGAGUUCUCACAACAAGGAUUUUUUCUUUCAAGCUUUGAAAAGCAGAAAUAUUUUGGACACCUGACCAAGUUAUGAAGGGAAUUCAAUCGCAGCCAUUUUGUUUGUUUUUUCAACCCUGACAGGAUGUUCUCCUUUGCCAUUUUUUAUUUGGGUAAAGGCAUUUUUUAUUUUUUAGGAACAAUUAUGAAAGAAGGGAAUAAAAUGGUGUUAAGUUCCAGUAUUACUGUAAGUCCACCUGGGAAACAGCGUCCACUGUAGUGGACAUUAAGCCUUUUUAGGUCCAUUUCUUCGAUUUAUAAACAUCUGGGGAAAUAUUUAGUCCACUGCACUGGACAUUUAGCAUGUUUAGGUCUAUUUAUUUGAUUUACAAACAUCUGGGGAAAUAUUUAGUCCACUGCAGUGGACAUUUAGCCUUUUUAUGUCUAUUUAUUUGGUUUACACACAUCUGGGGAAAUAUUUAGUCCAUUGCAGUGGACAUUUAGCCUUUUUAGAUCUAUUUAAUUGGUUUACAAACAUCUGGGUAAACAUUUAGUCUACUACUGUGGACAUUUUGCCUUUUUAGGUCCAUUUCUUUGAUUUAUUAACAUCUGAGGAAAUAUUUAGUACACUGUAGUGGACAUUUAGCAUUUUUAGGUCCAUUUCUUUUAUUUACAAACAUCUGGGGAAAUAUUUAGUCCACUGCAGUGGACAUUUAGCCUUUUUAAAUCAAUUUAUUUGUUUUAUAAACAUAUGGGGAAAUAUUUAGUUCACUUCAGUGGACAUUUAGCCUUUUCAGGUCAAUGUCUUUGAUUUAUAAACAUCUGGGGAAAUAUUUAGUCCACUUUUAAGUACAUUUUGUUUACAAACAUCUGGGGAACUAUUUAGUCCACUGCAGUGGACGUUUAGUAUUUUCAGGUCCAUUUCUUUGAUUUAUAAACAUCCGGGGAAAUAUUUAGUCCACUGCAGUGGACAUUUAGCCUUUUUAAGUCCAUUUCUUUGAUUUAUAAACAACUGGGGAAAUAUUUAGUCCACUGUUGUGGACAUUUAGCCUUUUUAAGUCAAUUUCUUUGUUUGAUAAACAUCUGGGGAAAUAUUUAGUCCAGUCCAGUGGACAUUUAGCCUUUUCAGGUCCAUUUCUUUGAUUUAUAAACAUCUGGGUUAAUAUUUAGUCCACUGCAGUGGACAUUCAGCCUUUUUAAGUCCAUUUCUUUGUUUUAUAAACAUUUGGGGAAAUAUUUAGUCCACUGCAGUGGACAUUUAGCCUUUUUAGGUCAAUUUCUUUGAUUUACAAACAAACAAGUUACACAUUUCAGGUUAAAAAAAAACAAAAACCCAAAAAACAAAACUAAUGCACAACACAAAUGUACACUGGAGUGGACAUUUGUGUUAUGCAUAACAAGACUGUCUUUUACCUCAGAUAUUUGUGAAUCAAAGAAAAAUACCUAAAUCAAAUGACUUACAAAUUUCAGAGUAAAAAAAAAUACUACCUGUGGUAGUAUAUAACGGGGCUGUUUUUCCUCCGAUAUCUGUAAAUCAAAGAACAAUGCCUAAAAAUCAUAUGUUUAACAAACAAAACUGUUAGGCAUAAUGUCCACUGCAGUGGACAUUAUGCCUAACAGGGCUAUUUACCCCCAGACAUUUGUAAAUCAAAGACAUAGACCUGAAAGUAAACAUUAAAACAAACAAAUGAGUUACAAAUGUCCUGUUAAAAAACAAAAACACAAACCGUAAUGCAAAAUAUAAAUGUCCACUGCAGAGGACAUUAUAUGUCCACUACUGAACAUUUGUGUUUUGCAUUGUAAAGCUAUUUUUCCCCAGAUAUUUGUAAAUCAAAGAAACAGACCUGACAACAAAUGUUAAAACAAACAAGAGUUACACAUUUCAGGGUUAAAAAAAAAAAAAAAAAAAAAAAGUCCACUCCAGUGGACAUUUGUGUGUUACAUAAAAGGGCUAUUUUCCCAGAUAUUUGUAAAUCAAAGAAAUUUACCCUAAAAAUUAAACAAAC